UUCGGAGUUCGAUUACUUGAGUCUGGAGGUGCACACUACGUCAUCCAGAGCCGGCUCUGUUUAGGAAAUCAUGCACGUGUAUAGCAUUUUCCUGCAAAUGUUUAAAACUGUGUAAAUUACGACUGACGAGGUUAAAAUAAGAUGCUUAUUUAUUACAUGAAACAUGGAAAUGUUUACAGCUGCAGCCAGCAUGUGAUAACAGAGACAUGUUGAGUCAUAACAACAUACCAGCUAACACAACAUUCAUGUAGCUGUUGAAUCUUAGCAAUGGCCAUUAUAUCGUUGCUGUUAAUUUCAUCUGCUCGUCUCAUUUCACCAUCUCGGGUACGACAUUGGGAGUUUGCCAUUUACAGACGGAUGACACGAAUUGUUGUUCCUUCCCAACGCUGUUUCACAUCGGACACCUUCAAUUCUUCGGUCAAUCAACUCAGCCCUGGACUGGAGAGGUACAAAGACUUCCAGAAGUAUUUCAACAGGAGACUAAAUGCAAUAUACCACAGGUUCUCAGACCUCCCUGAUCACUCAGUGAUCUACGGACGUCAUCAUGUGUAUUUUGUUGAAGGCGAAGGCAUCUACAGAAUGGACAUCAGAACCAGUGAGCCAGAGCAGGUGCUGAAUCUGGGGCAAGUUUCUGAACAGGAGCAGAAGAUGAGACUUUAUAAUGAAGAAAGUAAAGAGAGGUAUCAGUGGAUCAUCCAGAGAAUACGUGUGUCCCCGCAGGAGAAGAAUCUUGCUGCUACAUUUAAAGCUGAUCAGAGAGAAGAGCUCAGGUGUGUAGUUGUAGCCCUUGGAGAAAGUAAUUCCCCUGCUCCAGAUCCUCCACAUGUUGUGUUCACGACAGACAAAGUUUUCACAUUUGAAUGGGCAUCCGACGAGGUCCUGUUUUACACAACUCUCGUGGGUCUACGCUGCAGCAAAGUGUUUCGUCUGGACCUGACCUCUAAUAGAAGCAGGAUAACGUCUGUGUAUGAGGAAACGCAUCCUGAUGUGUUUGUGGAGGUCGCUCUUUCCAGAGACCGGGAGAUUUUGAGCAUCAAUUGCAACAGCAGGACCAGUUCAGAGGUGCGACUAAUUGACACAGCUACACCCCAUUUAGAGCCUGUUCUGGUUCAGCCACGCCAGCAGGACCUUCUGUACCAUGUGGAGCACUGGCGAAGGCAGCUGAUUAUACUGGCUAAUACAGGACAUGGACAGGAAUAUCAGGUGGUGCAGGCUCCUCUCUCAGAACCAUCUAUGGCCUCCUGGGUGCCUUUGUUUGCCCCUGGCUCUGGCACUGUUUUGAAAGACAUGGACGUGGUGGGAGACCACUGUGUUUUGGUUGCAAGAACACCAGCUAAGGAAUUCAUCUUGAUUGUGGUCCCGCUGAACCAUCCUAAGGAAGGAUACACCGUACAGCUCCCCUCUUGGGCCUGUGCCAUCACAACAAAGAACCCCAGUAUGGCAGACCAACGCGCAGUGUUCCAGUUCCUGAUUUCAUCUCCGGUCUGCCCCCCUGUGCCCUACAGUCUAAACCCAGAGGACAGCCUGCUAUUAUGUGCCACCAAAGAUAGAUCUCCUCCACAGAACCAGAACAAUUACACCACCACACGCCUAGAGGCCUGCAGCCAGGAUGGUACACCUGUGCCUGUGACACUGUUGCAUUCAGGACAUGUGCAGGGUUUAAAGCAAGCUCCACUACUGGUCCAUGUUUACGGAGCGUAUGGCAGAGAUCUCAACAUGGAGUUCUGCCCAGAGAAACACCUGCUGCUGGAGCAAGGCUGGGCUCUGGCUUACUGCCACAUCAGAGGUGGAGGAGAGCAGGGUCUCUCCUGUCAUAGAAAAGCUCGUGUGGAGGGGAAGCAGAGAUCAGUGGAGGAUCUUGAAGCCUGUCUCCAUCACCUUUUCUCUGUAGGAGUCUCCUGUCCCUCCCUCACAGCUCUGACAGCCUGCAGUGCAGGGGCUGUGGCAGUUGGAGCACUGUGCAACAGACACCCCUACAUGAUGCGGGCUGUCACUCUGCAGGCUCCCUUCCUGGAUGUGUUAGGAAGCAUGGAGGAUCCCAGUCUGCCUCUAACUUUUGAGGAUAUAGAAGAAUGGGGGGACCCAAUCAGAAACCUAAACCACAGACUCAUCAUCUCCUCCUACUGUCCCCUCUGCAACAUUACUCCUCAGUGCUACCCAUCUAUUCUGCUGACGGCCUACAGAGAUGAUGCCAGGGUUCCUCUGGCAGGUGUCCUCAAAUACACAGAGCAAGUGAGGAGUGCUAUUCAAACACACUGUACUGUGAAGCCAAAGUCAGGAUGUGAACCAGCCCCAAACAUAGUCCUAAAUAUUCAGCCCGGGGCCAAUCAUCAUGGACCAGAAGACUUUUCACUGAUGCUGGAAGAGGAGGCCCUCAAGCUGGCUUUUCUAUACACAGAGCUGGGACUGGAGCUACCUCGGUUUCCUCGCAAGAGAAAGAGAUAGAGGCCAUCAGAAGCCAGCCUGGAAUCAAACCAUGAUGACCUAAACAUCUGCCACUGGAGCUACGGCGAGUAAGAUGGUGCAAAACUAGUUAUGAUAGGGUUGGAAAAGAAGUUGACAAUAACAGUGAAAUGUCUGAGCCUUUUUAAUGUAUGAUUCCUAAGAUUUCCUAAAAAAAGAAACACCAAAGAAGAAUCUCAUGUUUACAUUGAAACUGUGUGACUGUUGACUUGUAUUAGCACUUAUAAAGUAUAUCCAUGACGCUCAGGUAGCAGGCCUUCUCCGAGACAUAGCACUCUCCAGGGUGGUUCGGAUUGAACCGAGUGUGUGUGGAGUACUGAAUCAACAAACCCUCUCCUGCCUCUGUCAGGAUACGAGACUUUUGCAUUACUGUGCCGUCUUUGAUGUGGUUUGUGCUCAUCAACACCUCCAGCUGGCCUGGUAACUCUCUAACAGAGGAGAAAUCUGUGGUUACAGAUUCUUUCCCAAAGUUAAGCACCAUAAGGAACGCUCUGUCAACCCCAUCCAGCUCUCUGAUAUAAGAGAAGACAUUUUCAUCAGCAUGGACAUAGCAGAACCAACCGCGGUGAAGAGGGAGCUCUGCCUGACGCAGCAUGUUCAGGAAGCGGUACUGAGCCAAAACAGAACCUUCCUCAGUCUUCUGAACCUGGAGGAGAAAGAUUGGCAAAGGGAUACAUUAAAUAAGUAAGACUGAGCAAGCUGUUUGUCUGGAGAUUAAGAAUUUUGUACCUCCACAUUGACAGUUUCGUAGUCAGGAUGUACAGGCAACCAGGUGACAUUGGCUUUAGUGUUAAAGCCUGCAUUCAAUUCAUCACUCCACUGCAUCGGAGAUCGCUGGGGGUCCCGACUGAGACUCUGCAGUUAAAGGACAGAAAUAAUUAUGGCACUUUGAAUACUUCUGAUCAGUGUUGUAGUACUUGGGUCCGACUUGACUUAGAACUCAAAUUGGACUCGGACUCAGAUAAUUGGUACUCUGCUAGGUCUCAAACUCGGAUAGUGAGACGUCAACUCCUACUCAACUUGGGUUCUUCUUUGGGGAAUCAAACUCAAGGUUUUGUGACUUGACUACAACACUACCCCUGCUAAUGUACAGUUAAACAACAGAUGUUUAAGAACAUAUUUUGAUAUGGAUACUUUUUUAUGGUACCCAAUGAUUGAAUAAAUGUAGUGUAAAAUACUAAAAAAUCUGCAAUAUAUUCUUCUUUGAUGGUGGUUAAAUUGUUCCGUUCUUAUGAAAUUGAAAUAAAGAGGAGGUCAUUUAAAGGUGCUUUUCAACAACAGGAACUUUCCCCAGGAACUAGGAACCUUUUGAGGAACAAAGGUCUAAAUUUAAUUCUGGGGUACUUGAUCUAUCCCCUGCUCUACUCCAUAGGUCCCUGCUCCGGCGGUAGUAAUUUCAAGAGGUCCAGGGACUUUGUGGCGCAAGGGAUGCAUCUGGCUGAAAGUCGCCAGUCAACAGGGUCGCUUUUUAAACUGAAACACCCGUUGAUCUCUGCCAUUGUUUUAAAAAUGUCUUCUUGCUUUGAGUCGAGCAUUUAAGGUGUUUUGAACCUGCUUUGUCACUAGCGCUUGUUUCCUACUACGUGUUGAUUCAAUGAAUCCAUCUGCAAUGCAAUAAAACAUGAUCAAAAACAGCA